AUGGGGGGUGUGGAUGGGGUGGUGGACUGGGUGGGGGUGGGGUGUGACUGCCGGUGCGACCCAACCCACCAGCCAAACACCCAGCCAGCCAGCCAGCCAAACAGCCAGCCAGCCAGCCAAUCACCUCUCCGUCUCUCUCUCUCUCGCUCUGAUUCUCCCUGCAACCCUAAUAUCAAGACAAACAGCCAGCCAAACAGCCAGCCAACUAGCAAGCCAGCAAAACAUCUAGCCAACCAGCCAGCCAGCCAGCCAAACAGCCAGCCAGUCAGCCAAACAGCCAGACAAACAGCCAAAAACAGCCAGCCAGCCACCUCUUCCUCUCUCUCUCCCUGGAACGCCACUACUAAGAAGCUCCAAUCGCUUAUAUCCUACAUCCCAGACCACCGCCGCCACCAUCACCAUCACCAGCAGCACCAGCAGCACCACCAGGCCAGCCAGUUAGCCAGGCGGACGCACAUCGCCGACAGGGAAGCAGGCAGCCAAUCACUCGCAGUGUCCCGUGUGAGCAAACCCUCCUCCAGGCAGUCACCCGUGCAGCCAAGCGGGGAAACGCAGCCAAACAAUCACCCUGCCACCCAGAAAGAGUCAUCCAUUCAUGUAGCGAACCACCACCACCACCAUCACCACCGCCACUGCCACUACCACCUCACCCACUCACCCACUCACUCAGGGGCUCUUCACUCACCGCAGCCCCUCACUACGGUAACACUAACUUAUGUGGUUGCCAAAACAAAAACAAGAAAAAUAUAUAUACAGAAAACUUUAUAUUGAAAAAUAAUGACAUAU